UCAUAACAAAAGAGAACACGAAUUUUAAAAUGUUUGUUUGUUUUCCAAUCCCUCACCAGCCGGCAUGCUUAUCUCCUUUAGGAACUAAGGUACAAAAGGAAACCCAAUCUCACAGUUAUGGGCAAGAAAACUACAAAUGCAUUAUAGCAACAAGGGGUCCUAAUGCUUUAAUAAGUUUAUGAUAUCAUAAUAUUUUAGAUUCAUGGUGAAUCACACCCUAGAUCCCACUCAGAUUUCCGACUAAAAUGCAAUUAAGUGAAUUCAAGAGUUUGGAAUCCGACUCAGCGAAGAUUAGGGAAAACCCACAUUAGGGAAAUCGUUCUAUGAAAAAAUGACUAUAAAUAGAGUAUCGGUUGUGACUCCUAUUGCCCAAUAGGUUGGCUAUUCUCUGUCUACUUGUUUUGGGUCCUCCUGUUGUUGUCUCUGCAGGGAGAGCACAGAGAGAAAGGUUCCCUGUUAUUUUUCUGUUUCUCUGUGAAUAUGGGAUGGGCAAUAGCUGUGCAUGGAGGUGCAGGGAUUGAUCCUCGUUUGCCCAUGGAUCGUCAGCAGGAGGCUAGAGAUGUGCUCUUAUAUUGCCUUCAAUUGGGUGUGAAUGCUCUCAAGGCUUCUGUUCCUGCCAUUGAUGUUGUUGAACUUGUUGUAAGAGAGCUUGAGAGCAACCCAGUUUUCAAUUCAGGUCGUGGCUCAGCAUUAUGUACAAAAGGCACAGUUGAAAUGGAAGCAAGCAUAAUGGAUGGUUCCCGAAACAAGUGUGGAGCAGCUUCUGGCCUUUCUACUGUUAAAAAUCCCAUUUCCCUUGCCAGGCUUGUGAUGGAAAAGUCUCCACAUGCCUACAUUGCUUUCGCUGGAGCUGAAGAGUUUGCAAGAGAGCAGGGUGUUGAAAUUGUGGAUACAAAUUACUUCAUUACUGCAGAAAACAAAGACCGAUUGGAACAGGCAAAGGAGAUGAACAGCAUACAGUUUGACUACCGUAUCCCAGAGUCUGAGGAUGGAGUUGGUAAACCUGAUGAAAAUGAACUGUUGCCCACAGUAAGGUCUUAUGCAAAUGGAAAACCAGUCCUGGAAAAAGCUUUUGGGAAUGGUGUAACAUGUGAAAAUGGGGACCAAUCCUCUUGCAAAAGUGGGUACUUUCCAGAGUCAGAAAUAAAUGGGGUACCUAUCAAUCUUUAUCAACCAGAAACUGUUGGCUGUGUUGCAGUGGAUAUUGAGGGACGCUGUGCAUCAGCUACUUCAACUGGAGGCCUGAUAAACAAAAGGUCAGGUAGAAUUGGUGACUCUCCAAUCAUUGGUGCAGGUACAUAUGCCAAUGAAAUAUGUGCUGUUUCAGCCACAGGUGAAGGUGAAGCCAUAAUAAGAGCAACAGUUGCAAGAGAUGUGGCAGCCCUUAUGGAAUACAAGGGUUUAUCCCUUCAGGACUCUGUUGAUUAUGUUAUCAAUAAGAGGUUAGAAGAUGGUAAAGGUGGACUGAUUGCUGUAUCAAGCAAUGGAGAAGCUGUUGCAGGAUUUAAUACCAUGGGUAUGUUCAGAGCUUGUGCAACAGAGGCUGGAUACUAUGAAGUAGGCAUUUGGCACUAAGAUGCUCUGCUUUUCCAUUUAAAUGAUUGUAUUUCUAUCCUCAUUUUAACUGUGGCAAAGGAUGAGUUUGUUUAUUGAAAUUUCAUGAGUUUAUCUUUUGCAUUUUCA